UUAAUGUGCGCUUCCUUGUUUUUCUUUUUCUCAACAGGUAUGACUAUAAAGAAAUGCUGCAUAACUCUACUUUCUGUCUCGUGCCUCGAGGACGCCGCCUGGGCUCUUUCCGUUUCCUGGAGGCUCUGCAGGCCGCUUGUGUUCCCGUCAUGCUCAGUAAUGGCUGGGAGCUUCCCUUCUCAGAGAUCAUCGACUGGCACACAGCCGCUGUCAUUGGGGACGAGAGACUUCUUCUACAGAUUCCAUCGACGGUUCGCUCCAUCCAUCAAGAUCGCAUUCUGUCUCUCCGCCAGCAGACGCAGUUCUUGUGGGAAGCGUAUUUCUCUUCCGUGGAGAAAAUUGUGCUCACUACGCUGGAGAUCAUCCAGGACCGUGUUUUGCAGCAUAACGCCCGCAGCACUCUGAUGUGGAACCGCUUGCCCGGAGGACUUUUCACUUUGCCCCAGUACUCAUCCUACCUGGGAGAUUUUCCCUUCUUCUACGCUGAACUCGGCAUUAAACCACAGCAGAAGUUCACAGCCGUCAUUCACGCUGUCACACCUCUCGUAUCUCAGUCGCAACCGAUUUUCAAGUUGCUAGUAGCUGUGGCCAAAUCUCAGUACUGUGCCCAGAUCAUUGUCCUGUGGAACUGCGACAAGCCUCUCCCUGCGAAGCACCGCUGGCCCGCCACCUCUGUCCCAGUCAUCGUAAUCGAGGGCGAGAGCAAGGUGAUGAGCAGCCGAUUCCUCCCCUAUGACAACAUCAAAACUGAUGCGGUCUUGAGUCUGGAUGAAGACACCGUGCUCUCGACCACGGAGGUGGAUUUUGCCUUUACGGUUUGGCAAAGUUUCCCAGAGAGGAUCGUGGGAUAUCCCGCACGGAGCCAUUUUUGGGACUCUAACAAGGAGCGGUGGGGCUACACCUCCAAAUGGACCAAUGACUACUCCAUGGUGCUGACUGGAGCUGCUUUCUACCACAGGUAUUAUAACUACUUGUACACACAAUACCUGCCUGGCAGCUUAAAGAGUAUGGUUGACCAGCUCUCAAACUGUGAAGACAUCCUCAUGAACUUCCUGGUGUCUGCUGUCACUAAGAUGCCUCCGAUCAAGGUCACUCAAAAGAAGCAGUACAAGGAGACGAUGAUGGGACAGACGUCCCGGGCAUCACGCUGGGCAGAUCCUGACCACUUUGCCCAGCGGCAGACGUGCAUGAACAAAUUUGCCAGCUGGUUUGGCACCAUGCCCCUGGUCCAUUCACAGAUGAGACUGGAUCCCGUUCUGUUCAAAGACCAGGUAUCGAUACUGCGCAAAAAGUACAGAGACAUCGAGAGACUCUGACGAAGCUGACAAACACCUUCCCUCUGUACGGGGACGGGAAACGGCAUACGAAAACCCCCCAGAACCCUGAAAAACCAGAUCGACAGGGAUAAAAACGGGGGCACAGAAACCCUCAGGGAGGGAGCGCAUCGAGAUUGGGGGGGAAGUGUUGUGCUGCAAGAAGAUCCGUCUGCUGGAGAUCGUCACUAACUAUAAAUACACGAAAGCAAGAGGUUCGAUGCGAGACCACGUCGAUGUUAUUUGGCCGAGUUUAGCACAACACAAAGACACGCCAACGUUGGCAGCUUUCUGUCUUCCACACCCCCUCUUGCAAUGCUUUGCCAAUGACAACGGUGACCGUGGCAGAUUCGCCAAUGCCGAGCAGCCGCGCACACAUCCACAUGCAGUCAGAAAAUAUACUAGCGCACGCCGGUUUAACUUCUGUAUCAGACCUCUCCGUGUUAGAUGUGUGAUAGGCCUGGCUGGAAGGGUAUUUAUUCUGUCCUCCUUCGGUAAGCGUUACGCCCCUCUUGAAGACGCAGGACAACGCCCUGCGGAGAAGUCGAGUGUGUGCGAAACAGUGCCUGAGCUUUCAGAUGGACCGUAUCUGGGAGUCCAAAGGGGUUUUGUGUGAAUGCAAAAACACCUUGUUCAUGCUGCUUAUAUUUGGAUUCAAAUGUUAGGUGUUCCACAAAUUGGCCCACUUGGUUUUGAUUUUUGUUUUCUUUCUAUACGAGCCUUUUGGUGUAUUUUGUCAAACUGACAUAAUAUUAGUAUUUUCGGAGGAGUUAGACCCAAUGCCACAACAUCUUAUUUUUGUCUGGUUCUCUUACAAGUCUUAUUGGUGUAAUGCCAUAUCAGAAGCCACGUUCACACUGCAGCUAAUUCAGAUCGUACUCCACUUCUGACUUAUCUGGUCUUAAUUUGCGUUUUGUGUUUUUUUGGUUUUUUUUGGAAGUGAUACGUUUUUACAUCCAAAAUGUUUAUAUAACGACUUUAUAUAACGACGAUAUAACUUUUACAAUUCAAAUUAAGAGUCGUUAAUGCAGCGAUCCCGCUUGUUCAAUGACAAACGUGGAGGGGGCGAAUCUGUUUACGGCGAUUUCAAAAUGUAAAAAAAAGUUCACACCCAUUCUAAUCUCCACUAACUAAGGUUUCUUUCUUUAAAUCACCAAACAUUUUAAUAUCUGUUGCAAUCCGUUUCUCUUUUGUUGUCAGUUUGGACAAGUCAGCCAGAGUUUAUAUGGCUAUUAUGUAGGUUUUCCACAGAUUGGCUCGAAGUUUUAGAUUUUUCUUUCUUUCUAUACAAGCCUUUUAGUGUAUUUUGUCGAACUGGCAUCAUUUUAGUAUUUUUUUUAUUUUUAUGAUUUAGACAAAGUGGCGCGAACCUUUCUGUUUGGUUUUGUUUGCGAGUCUUAUGAGUGUAAUGCCACAUCAGAGACCACGUUCACACUUCAGCUAAUUCAGAUGUCACUCCACUUCUGAUUCACCUCGGUGUGACUUCGUUUAUUCGGAAGCGACGAAUACGUUUUACAUCUAAUAACAACAGCUCACGCAGACAUCAGUCGUCUGACAAAAAACAUGGAUGCUAGCACAUCUUUGUUCACUGAGAUUUCUUUCUUUAUAUGGAUGUUCCAAUCCAUUUAUUUAAACCUAUUUAUAUUUUUUUCUAAAGGCUGAAUAAACGGUUCGAAUCUAGAAAUCUAGAUCGAAUAAUCCCUAUGUUGUUUCAGUGUGUGUGCGCGCGUGGAUGGUAUGCAUUUCAAGAAUCAUUGACUCAACGGCUCAAGUCAAAGCACAGCAUACGCAGUCGUAAAGAGAUAUUUAACACUAGUUUCGCAUUUACUCUCGCAAAUCAAUGAAACGUCUGAAAAUGCUUACGAUUACAAGAGGAUGUCAUUCAUAGAGCUUCACGGCGAGUUUUGAGAAUGUCUUCCAUUGAUUUUUCUGUUAAGAAAGAGCUAUCGACUCAUUACCACUCCUGUUUUUGUCGGAUCGGGAUGGAUAGAGCUGGCUGUCCCAGUGGAGACUGAAUCAAAAGUGCUUUUGUCCAAAACCCACUUGGUCUUUAGUCAGAGCAGAUGCCAUAUUUAACGUUGCCAUAAUAAAAACACUGCUGUGAAGGACAGUUUCGGCGCGUUUCACUGUUCUGUUGUCAAGACUAAAUAAAUAUUUGCCGGAAAGAAAUGUAAUAUAGCACCUUAAACGAUCUACCAACUGUAAAUUAAAUAUGGCAUCUACACCGAUUUAAGGUUUAAAUAAAAAAAAAUAAUAAUAAUACACCAUAUAUACAGUGCAAAAGCAUUUUCCCUAUUAAAGACGGUAGGAUUGAAUAUUAUACAGCGAUGGUUUGGAACAUGUGACGAUAGAAAUUUGUGAACUGUUUAGUGAUUUUGCUUCACCGUUAAUAUAAUAGCUAUUUGCAUGGCUAUCAUCUGAUAGGACUGCUUUGUUUUAUCGACGCAUAAAAAGGUAAUGUGACGAUAACGAAAUGUACCCCAAAUCAUUUAAGACGAGGAAAAAACUAUUUAGGAGUGUUGUGAGACUUGUAUGGCAUUAAUGUAGAAUUGAACCGACGUGCAUGAAUUGGGCAGAAACCGUCUCUCCGAAUAAGAUAUCGCUAGCGUGAGGUUCUAGUCACGUAUAUCAAGAUUUAAUCAGGCUUUUCUCUCUCUUUUUGUCUCAGAUGAAUGUGCCUUUUCUCAAGACACUUCUGCAUUAUGUUUCGCUAGCCUUCAGCGCCACAAUCUCCUCUAUAGAGUUGAUCGUACAUAUCUGUUCCCGUUCACUUGGUUUAUUUUUCUUUGUCAAACACUGGAGUUUUCCUGACGGUUCAGUACUGACAUUCCUGCCUGUUUUAUAGGAAACAUCUCAGUCGCUCUUUCACUCUGCCUCAUGUUCGUACUUGUAUUUAGCACCCAUGAGGAUUCGUAGUUUUCAUUAUUUCAUCCUUGGACCCUGUAAAGACAAUAAAAUGGAGUUGGAGUUUUUUUAAGAUAUAAAAGUGAUUUUAUAAAAAAGAAAGAAAAUAAAUAAAUGAUAUUUGA